AUCUUCCAGCACAGUAGCUCCGACCGCACACUGCAAGCAUGGCCGGGGACAGUGAAACACAUCUAAGGGACCGCGGCGAGAACACCAGCAUUAUUCGACAACCUUUUCUCAUCGGUGUGUCCGGAGGCACCGCCAGCGGCAAGUCGUCAGUAUGUGAGAAGAUCAUGGAGCUGCUUGGCCAGAACAAGAUCGACCACCACCAGCGGCAGGUGGUGAUCCUCAGCCAGGACAGCUUCUACAAGGUGCUAACCCCGGAGCAGAAGGCGAAGGCGCUUAAGGGCCAGUUCAACUUUGAUCACCCAGAUGCCUUCGACAAUGAGCUGGUAAUGCAAACGCUCAGGGACAUCCUGCAGGGGAAGACGGUCCAGAUCCCAGUUUAUGACUUUGUCACUCAUUCCAGGAAAGAGGAGGUUGUUACGGUGUAUCCGGCCGACGUGGUCCUGUUUGAAGGCAUCCUCAUGUUCUACUCACAGGAGAUCAGAGAUCUGUUCCAGAUGAAGCUGUUUGUCGACACAGAUCCAGACACACGGCUCUCACGCCGAGUUCUGAGAGAUAUCAGUGAGCGGGGUAGAGAGCUGGAGCAAGUGCUCGCCCAAUACAUCACUUUUGUGAAACCGGCCUUUGAGGAGUUCUGUUUACCAACAAAGAAGUAUGCAGAUGUGAUUAUUCCCCGAGGAGCAGAUAACCUUGUGGCCAUCAACUUGAUAGUACAGCACAUCCAAGACAUUCUGAACGGCGGACUAAGCAAACGCCACAACGGCUGCACGAACGGCCACACUACUCCACGUCAGCGGCGGACCUCCGAGUCCAGCAGCCGGCCUCAUUGACCUCGUCACACCUCUCUUCACAGGCCGGAGAGGGGUGUGGGGGUUGCGCUGUAAAUAAUGCCUCUUGGCAUCACUGUAUUUAAGAGAAGAAAAAAGAAAGAGAUGCAAAAAGAAUUGAAAUGCCUUUUAUUAUUAUUAUGACUACUCUUGUUAUUAGUUACUUUUAUUGUAAUUGUUGAACUUGGGAUUUAGGUUUUUUGUCAGGAGGGUAAAAGAAAAGCUCUUGUUAUUCUUGUGAUGAGACCAUGGGUAAAAAAUUGACCCCAUGCAUUUUUCUCCCAAAUUGCAUUUUGUUUUUUAUGUAUCCCCUGCUGCUCCAUGGAAAUUCAUGCCGCGAAUGAAUAAAAGAGGGGAGCCCUU